AUGUCGCAGCCACCCUCGACGCCCGUCAAGGUGCCACCCUCAGCUUCCUCCUACACCCCCGCCACUCUCGACCCAGACCUCCGCUCCCAGAUCAACACAUUGCUCAUCCGGGACGGCCAUAUAAACAAAAUCCAAGACUCCCUCCUCCACUCCCUCAACUCCAACACAACCAACUGGCCCACCCUCGUCCAAGCCCACGCCCUCUCCCUCCUCCGCUCCGGCGAGGUAUCGACCUACCCCGCCCUCCUCCGCCGCGUCCUCGACGACAUCCGCAGCGACUCCCUCGCCUCGGGUGGCGGCGGCGGCGCCAAGCCCACCAACGGCGACGCCAAGGCCAACGGCAACUCCAACACCGGCACGAGCGACAAGACGAGCCUCGCCGUCCCCGAGAGCGUCCUCGAGGACGCCCUGAGGACCACGCGCGAGAGCCUGGAGGCGCUGUGCGAGGUGGAGGACGACGGGUCUUCGUGA